AUGAAUAAUUUGGAGUAUGUGGGUGACUUGCGCAAAGACAGUCCGCUUGAUUUUUUGCGUAGGGUGGGACUCCAAGAAACACCAGAGGAACGCGCUGCCCUCAUUGAGGCGCAUUCUGAACUUGAUCAAGCACAUAUGGAUGCAUCCGUAGAUGGUGUCACAUCACACCAGCCGAUCGAUGCAUCAAUUGACCUUCAUUUUACAUGUUUUAUACACACACAUGGUCAAUGUGUGGAGUUGGAUGGGCGAAAACCAUGUCCUUUACCGCAUGCUGCUUGUGUGGAUAACGAAGAGUUUGUGAGGGCUGCUGCAGAGGCAAUUAAAGCUAAGAUGCUUCGGGACACAGAAUCGUUCCGCUUUAACAUUAUUGCUCUUGUUCAUAAGUCUGACUGA